CCUCUCCGGUCACUCUCUGUCUCCUCUCAUUGCGGAGCGCGAGUGUGUAGGAAUGGGUCUCUUCUUGCGCUCUUCUCCCGCGUUGAUAUCAUUGACUGUGUCCGGAUGGUGAGCGCGGAGCCCCCGCGUCCUGCCCUGUGCCUGGCCGGACCUGCGAUGGUCAGCACGGCUACUACCGGCGGUAGUGGCCGGGACGCAGAGGUGGAGAGUUUCGGACUGCAGCCGCUGAAAACAGCUGCGCAUAUCCCGGGCAAGGGGUCCCCUUCCCGGCUUGAAAAGGAACCGGACGGCCGACCUUGUCUUGCUGAAGUCGUCAAACCCCCGACCAAUGGAGUGCUCACCAUUGAAGACCGGAUCCUGAGGAUCACUGGGUACUAUGGCUACUACCCGGGCUACUCCAGCCAUAAGAGAGAGGAUGGCUUGGACUCCCCUGCAGAGACAGAAGGCAGUCAGGCAGCUGGGGCUCCCUCACAGUGCCAGUCCUGUGCCUGCACUUCCCUCAGGGUGCUGGGCUCACUCCUGGUGGUGCUCUCCAUCUCCUCCUCCUGGGUAGGCACGACGCAGGUGAUGAAGCUGACCUUCCAGUCCUUCUCCUGCCCCUUCUUCAUGACCUGGUUCAGCACCAACUGGAACAUCCUCUUCUUCCCCAUCUACUACUCUGGGCACCUGGUCACAGGCAGCCCCAAGCAGACCCCCAUCCAGAAAUUCCGGGAGUGCAGUCGUAUUUUUGGUGAGGAUGGGCUGACGCUCAAGCUCUUUGUGAAGCGCACAGCCCCCUUCUCUAUCCUGUGGACCCUCACCAAUUACCUGUACCUGCUGGCUCUGCGCAAGCUGACCGCCACCGAUGUGUCGGCGCUCUACUGCUGCCACAAGGCCUUCGUCUUCCUGCUGUCCUGGAUCGUGCUGAAGGACCGCUUCAUGGGCAUCAGGAUAGUAGCGGCCAUCAUGGCGAUCACGGGUGUUGUGAUGAUGGCGUACGCAGACGGUUUCCAUGGAGACUCCAUCAUAGGUGUGGCCCUGGCGGUAGGCUCCGCCUCCACAUCAGCACUCUACAAGGUCCUGUUCAAGAUGUUCCUGGGCAGUGCCAACCUGGGCGAGGCGGCGCACUUCUUCUCCACCCUGGGGUUCUUCAACCUGAUCUUCAUCUCUUGCAUCCCCCUCAUCCUCUUCUUCACCAAGGUGGAGCACUGGGGCUCCUUCUCCGCCCUGCCAUGGGGGUACCUGUGUGGGGCAGCAGGGCUCUGGCUGGUGUUCAACAUCCUGGUGAAUGUGGGGGUUGUCCUGACCUAUCCCAUCCUCAUCUCUAUCGGCACCCUGCUCAGUGUGCCAGGCAACGCAGCGGUGGAUGUCUUGAAGCAUGAGGUGAUCUUCAAUGUGGUCCGCCUGGCCGCCUCCUUCAUCAUCUGCCUGGGAUUCCUGCUGCUGCUGCUGCCGGAGGAGUGGGACUCGAUGACGCUGCGCUUCCUGUCUACGUUCGCUGAGAAGAAGGGGGAGGAGCCCGGCGAGGAGCUGUCCGAGUCCAGCGUGCACACACGCAGCCGCAGCCGCGCCAAUGGAGCCGUGUCCAUCCCGCUGGCCUGACCCCGACCCCCAAUCCCUCACACUGGCCGGCGCACUCCCAACUCUCAAACGCACAUUCCCACAAUAACAGCGCCAGGGUUAGAGACUCACACCAGCCCUGGGGUUCAGAGCUCAAUCCUGGUGUUACUGAAACGGUCGGGAGCCAGGAGUUUGAGCAGUAAGGUAUUAACGAGCUGCCUGAAGAGCUCCAGCUCAGUGUGAUCUAUCAUUCACAGCAGAUUCUGCAGCGUGUCUGACGGCUCAUAUUCCUGCCACCUGGUCCUUUCAUCAUUAUCCCUAAACAAGAGGAGUUCCCAAUCCCUGGACUCAGAAGUGUCUAACCCUGAGCAGCUGUUGCAAUAUUCACAAUGGUUUAGAAAUACAUUUUAUGACAGAAAAAAUGGGACGUGUGCAGAAUAAUUAGAGGUUUUUUUGUAUCUAGGUUUGCAGGAGACACAGCCCUUACACUAGAAAUCCUGCAGUUUCAUUGCAAAGCCCAGCGUGACAGGAAUCAUGCACCCCUCCAUUUCUUUUUGAGUCACUUUGUCUUGUUUAUUUUUAACCCCCCCCCCCAACAUCACAGACUGUAUUCUGUGAAUAUCAAAGACUGACAGAGCAAGACAAACUUAUCAAUACAGAUGAAUUUAGAAAAUAUAGCUAUACCUGUUAUUAUUAUUAUUACUGCUGCUAAUAUUAUAUACUGGACUGGAUGUAAAAUAUAACAUACUAAAUAAAGAUUUUAGUAAAAAGAAAACUUGAAUAUUUGUGUGUGUGGUUUUUGUUUUGUUGGGAUACCAAAUAAGAUCUCUCUUCUUUCCAAGAUAUGUAUAUGAUCUGAACUAACCGGGAGUGAAUAUUUAUUUCUCUGCUGCAAUCUCUCUCUUCUGAACCAGUGUCUGGAUCGCUGGCCCCCACAGAUCUGGGACAGGUGUUGCGGUUUGUGGAAAGCCUCUGGGAUCAGUCUCCAGUUCUUUGUUUUCUCGUUCUCUCUUUAUCUCAUUCUAGAUCUCUCUUUCCUACUUUCACCUGAAGAAGAGACCUUUGAGA